GCAGAAUUUUAGGGGAGAUUCAGGCGUUUCGUAGGGGAGCAGAGUCUUAGGGGUGUUUCGGGAGAGGGAGCAGAGAUUUUUAGGGGGGUCCCAGGGAUUUGGGGGGGACCCAGGGGUUCGGAGGGGUCGCAGAGAUUGGAGGUCCCAGGGUCCCCCCAAACCCCGCCAUGACCCCCGAGGAGGUGACGUACCUGUCCGUGCUGCUCUUCUCCAUCCCCAUUGGUUUCCUGUUCAAAGAUCUGAGCCCCCAGGCCCGGCGGUGGGGGGGGGCGGCGGUGGGGGGGGCACUGUCCCUGCUGACGUGCGGCCCCCACGUCCUGCACAGCCUGGUGACCACCCUGGGGGCCUGGGGGCUGCUGCGCCUCCUGCCCGGGCGCUGUGGGGCAGCCACCCUGGCCUGGACGUUCGCGUAUCUGCUGUUCUUCCGCUCGCUGUGGGUCUGGGGGCUGCCUGAGCCCCCCCCGUACGCCAACGCCCUCCAACUGCUGCUCACCCUCAAGCUGGUCAGCCUGGCCAUGGACACGCAGGAGCCACGGGGGGGGGACGACCCUGCGGUUUUGGGGUCCCUAGGGGCCCCCCCCGGGCUGGCGGAGACCCUCAGCUACAGCUUCUGCUACCUGGGGCUGCUCACGGGCCCGUUCUACCGCCUGGGCACUCACCGGGACUGGGUGCUGGGCCCGGUGGCGGCUCCGCGGUGGCGCCGGGUGCUGACCCACGUGCGUUGGACGCCGGUGCUGGGGGCGCUGGGCGAGGCGGCGUCACGGUUCUUCCCGCUGGACGCGGUGCGAGAUCCCGGCUUCGCUCGACAUCCCUUCGCUUUCCGCCUUUUCUACAUGGUUCCCGUCUUCUUCGCCUUCCGCAUGCGCUUCUACGUGGGCUGGCUCUGCGCCGAGGCCGCCUGCAUCGCCGCCGGCCUCGGGGGGUACCCGCCCGCUGCGCACCCCAAACCCGGCGCCGGACCCACGCGGCCCUGCCCGCGCCCCACACGGGCGGAGGCGGAGGCGAGCGAGACGUGGGAUUUCUCGGCCGUGCGCACGAUCGACCCGUGGGGCACCGAGCGGUGCCGGCGCUUCCGCGAGGGCAUGCGGCACUGGAACAUGAGCGUCCAGUGGUGGUUGGCACAGUACGUCCACCGGCGCGCCCCACGGCGGCCCCCCGCCCUCAGGAGCGUGUGGACCAUGCUGGCCUCGGCCUACUGGCACGGGCUUCACCCCGGCUUCUACCUGAGCUUCCUCAGCGUCCCACUGUGGCUGGCGGCCGAGCGGGCGGCCGAGCGAGCCCUGCGCGGCCGCCUGAGCCCGCGGGGGUGGUCGCUAGCCGCCGGCCCCCACUGGUUCCUCAAGAUGCGCGCGUACGAUUACCUGUGCAUGGGCUUCGUGCUGCGAGACGCCGCGGCCACGCUGAGCUACUGGGCUUCCAUCUACUUCUGCCUCCACCUCUUGCCCCUCGCCAUCCUCCUCCUCGCCGCCAUCGCCGGGCCGGGGCCUGAGGGAGACAGCGAGGGGAAAAAAGGGGAGCGGGAGGCGAACCCCGACGACGGAGACCCCGAUAUUGCAAAGAAAAGGGAUUCCUCUACCCUCAGGGACCCUAAAAUUGAGGAGGGGGGGGAUGAUCCGAGCGCAAGGGACCCCAAAAUCCAGGAGGAGGGAGGGGGCAGCAGCGUGAGGAAGAGGAGGGACCCCAGAAUCCAGGAGGGAGGGACCCUUCCAUCCUUGGGGGUCUCCCCUUAGCCACAGACGCCAGAAUUGAGGAGAAAGGGGACCCCCGAUCCACAGGAACCCUGAAAUUGAGAAGAAAGGGGGGUCCCCCAUCCCAUGAGACCCCAAAACUGAGGGGGCGACACAAUCCCAUCAGUGGGUAUCCCAAAAUUGAGAAGAAAGGGGGAACCCCAUCCUCAGGGACUCCAAAAUUAAGGGAGGGGAAAAAUCCCAUCCCCAGGGACCCCAAAAUUGAGAUGAAAAGGGACCCCUAGCCCCAGGGACCCCAAAAUUGAGAAGAAAGCCCCCCCAUUCCCAGAGACACCAAAAUUGAGGAGGGGGGAACAAUCCCAUCCCCAAGGACCCCAAAAUUGAGGGGGGACACACACAAUCCCAUCACUAAGGAUCCCAGAAUCCAGGAGGGGGGACAACCCCUCAUCCUUAGGGCCCCCAAAUUCCAUUAUGGAGGGGGUGGGAUGGGGGU